CAGCAACACGCUAGUGCUAAAUGGAGGCUGUUUGAAAUAUGCGUGCAGCUCGUUGUGGUCAAAAAGUUAAAAACAUCCGAUAAUACUGCCUUUAAUUACCUGCUAAUUACGGUAGGCAAGAGCGGUCACUAUGGAUAAUGCUACUAACGGGGCAAGUGCUGAGGAAGUGGUGAAAGAGAGCUCAUCGCCUCCAGCUGGAAUAUGCUCUCCUGUUAUGGACCGUAACCCAUCACCACCCCCAGACGCAGCAGAUGGAGUGGAGGACGAAGAUGUAGAUGCUAUUGGAGACACCGUUUACAGCAAGCACUGGCUUUUUAGCACCCUCACUCGUCUCAUUAAUAUGGUUACAGAGCAUUCAGAAGAGAGCGCUGAAGAUGCAUUGCAGCUAUCUGAUGACGACGAGGAAGAUUUGUGUAGAGUGUGGGAUAUGGCAAUGGAUAAGGAUGUGGCUGGUUUUCUGCAGGAAUUUAAAGCUGCAGAUCUUCUAGGAGUAAUUGCCAAAUCUCGUUGUCCGCGGCUAACGGAAAUUAGUGUAGGAAUCCUUGGGAACAUUGCUUGUUUUCCUGAAACUUGUGUGACUCUGAGCCAAAACGAGGACUUGGGGUCUGUGCUGCUGCUGCUUCUCGGAGAUACAGAUCCUCCUACACUCCUGGAAACAAGCAGAUUGCUGCUGACCUGUUUUUCUCAAAAAGAUGUCUGUUCACUGUGGCUUCAGCGGAUACGACAGCAGACGUCUGCGCGCUCCAACCUCUGUUUCAUCAUGUGCAGUUCUAUGAACACGGAUCUGCUUGAGAAGGUGGGAGAACUAGUUGACAAAUUGUUUGACCUUGAUGAAGAGCUGAUGAAGAGUUGGAUCACAGCUCAGCCCAGUGAGGAGCAGGGGCGGGAUGGUGAAAGCCAUCUGGAGCUGACCUCAUGUCUUAUUGAGGCAGCCAAGCAGCUCAGAUCAGAGAGUCCAAAUGGCUUAGAGGUUUACCUUCACAUCCUCCAGCUCCUCACCACUAUAGAUGAGGGAAUUCAGGUUUUUGCUGCUUCUGAUGGCCCCGGGGAAAUCGGUAUAUAGUUUGUUUGUGACAUUGUGUGCGAGGACCUCUGCCAGCCAAAUGAUCUUCCAGUUGUACUGCAUGAGCAGAAAAGCAUUCUGGUCCAGGCACUUGCUGUGCUGCAGGCUCUUUACAGAUGUCAUGAUCAGUGGUGCGGCAACAGUUUGCCCCUUGUUGGGAGCAUCUUGCGGGUGUGUCAGUACCAAAGUGAGUGCAAAGACAGCAGUGCAAACAAAGAAGAUGAAAAAGACGAACAGCUCCAGACUCUCGCAGAGAUCACAGCAGACUUUUUGGCUGACCUCUUCAUUAACAUUCACAAGGACACAGUUGCAGAUUUGGUGAAGAAAGGUUACCUCACGGAGAAGACGUGCCUCUCAGUUGCCGCCAGUUUACUUCCAAAGUUUAAGAAUUCAUUUCAGCACCUGCAGACCGUGUUGUCAGAGGUUGAUCCCCAGUUGGCAGAUGUGAUAAGGACACAGUGUCCCGUCUGAAGCACCCUGCAGAUCAGUGUUCAGCACUCAUUCAGACUCUCACCUCUGCUUUUUAUAGCAGCCAGUAUUUCCUCUCCAAAGAUCCUGCUUCAAAAAACAGGCUAUUUGCAUUUCCACUGGGACAGCAUCACGAAUGGCACACUGUCAUUUAUUCGCAUGUCACAAAGUCUGGAAAAUUAAAGUUGUUUUAAGUUUUUUGUUAUUGAAAAUGCUAUUUUUGUAUUUGUGAUUGACAGUGUUUUAUUAAAAAUGAAU